GCCCGGACUUCCAUUCCAAUUUCCCAAGGGGGCACCGCAAACCAUGAAUGAAAAAUAAAAAUCUGAAGGGGGACGAAAGGGGGGAAAGUUUAGACAAGCGAGAGAGCAAGGAAACGAGGAGAAAUCGCAGAUCGCUAUGGCUACCCGCGGGCCGCCUCCGUCGUCGUCAUCAUCCGGAUCCGUGACCGUGACGAUCGACCCCUCCCCUUCCUCCUCCGCCCCUGCGGCCGCCCCGCCGCCGCCGGAGACGGUGGUCCUGCGGCUGAAGCGGCGGGCGAAGAAGAAGGUGUCCUGGAAGGAGGGGACCGUCGACAACGAGUCCCUCGGUCGCAAGAGCUCCAAAAAGUGCUGCAUCUUCCACAAGGAGGUGCCCUUCGACGAGGACUGCAGCGACGACGAGGCGGACGGCGGCCGCCGGAAUCCGCAUGGGGACGCCGGCGAGGGGACCAGCGGCGGCAAGGGCGGCUGCUCUUCCUCCUCCCACGGCCAUGACCACGGCCACAGACACCACCACUGAGCUCCGGUUCGAUAAGGCAACUUCUGAUGGGCCUCCUUGUCUACGCUUGAUGUCGUCAAGGGAAACAUUGCUUCUGUGUGCCAAAAACAUUAGGUGAAAAGCUAGUUUUACCAUAUCCUCAAACUUGCAAGAGGAUGCACCUUUUAUAUCAAACUGUACUGUUGUUUACAUGCAAUCUAAUGUUAUAAGAUGUAUACAUGCAACACCUGUUAUCACUGUCGUGAUUCGGUGAGUUAAAAUUGUCAGGAUGUUCUUCGAUA